GUAACCGAUACCCCCCAAGUCAAAAAUCAGCCCAUAAAAUUUUUAUGGGCGGAGGAUCACCCGUCGCCGCAGUUCAGGACGCGAGCGACGACGGCGCCAGGGUCGUGGUGCUAGUCGCGGGUUCUCCCGUCGAUUCCGCCUCCGAUUCCCUCCCUCCUCCCGUUGCGGCGACUCCUGCUCCUGCGGCGGAGGCCAAGCAGGAGUCGGUGUCGGAGACGGAGGAAACUAAGCAGGCGGCGGCGGCGGCGGCAGCACCAGCAACAGCGGCAGGAGGUGUGCAGGCCAUGGCGGUCACCGUAGUGCGGGACGUCGAGACGGGCCUGGACGCGAGCACCAGCGACCGGGACGGUGACAAGCCUUCCUGGUUCACACCUAAGAGAUUACUUGUCAUGUUCUGCAUUAUCAACAUGCUGAACUAUAUUGAUCGAGGAGUAAUAGCAAGUAAUGGGGUCAAUGGUACCCGCAAAAGUUGUUCUGGUGGCACAUGCACCUCGGGCUCAGGAAUUCAAGGAGACUUCAAUCUUAAUAAUCUUGAAGAUGGUACACUGUCCUCAGCAUUUAUGGUUGGGUUGUUGGUGUCUUCGUUGAUAUUUGCAAGCCUUGUAAAAAGAUAUAAUCCUUUCAGGCUUAUUGGUGUUGGCUUGUUAGUGUGGACUAUCGCAACAGCUGGUUGUGGAGUAUCAUUUGAUUUCUGGUCAAUUACUAUAUGCCGCAUGUUUGUUGGCGUUGGCGAAGCUUCAUUUAUAAGUCUCGCAGCUCCAUUCAUUGAUGACAAUGCACCGGUAGCUCAGAAAACAGCAUGGCUUGGUAUGUUCUACAUGUGUAUACCAACUGGGAUAGCAUUAGGCUAUGUUUAUGGCGGACUGGUUGGAAAAUAUCUGAACUGGCGUGCUGCUUUCUGGGGAGAGUCAAUAUUGAUGGUUCCUUUUGUUAUUCUUGGUUUUGUAAUAAAGCCACUAAACCUCAAAGGAUUUGCUCACAACACAACAAAAGAAUAUGGCCAGAUGCUUAAUCCUGAGGUUCAAGAUCAGAUAAAUAAUAAUGCGACAAAGCAUGUUUUGCCUGGUGGAAUUGAGGAUCUUUCAGGGAAGGUUCCACAAAAGUUCUCCUUGUCCAGUUUUUGCCACGGUAUCAUGACUGAAAUUGGUCGCUUCAGCAAAGAUAUGAAAGAACUACUACAAGAGAAGGUUUUUGUCAUCGUUGUUUUAGGUUAUAUAUCCUACAAUUUCGUCAUUGGUGCUUAUUCCUACUGGGGCCCAAAGGCAGGUCAAGAGAUCUACAAUAUGGGGAGUGCAGAUCUUAUGUUUGGUGGAAUUACUAUAGUGUGUGGAAUUAUUGGAUCACUAGCAGGAGGUUUCAUCCUUGACAAGAUAGGGUCUACUAUUCCUAAUGCCUUCAAGCUUCUUUCGGGUGCGACAUUUGUAGGGGCAAUAUUCUGCUUUGGUGCUUUUUGUUUCAAGAGCCUUUAUGGGUUCAUACCCUCCUUUGCAGUUGGGGAGCUUUCAGUGUUCGCAACUCAGGCACCUGUAAAUUUUGUAUGCCUUCACGCCGUGAAGCCACAUUUGCGGCCAUUGGCAAUGGCCGUAUCCACUGUUUCAAUCCAUAUAUUUGGCGAUGUGCCUUCUUCACCUCUUGUUGGGCUUCUUCAGGACAAAAUCAAUAAUUGGAGGGCCACAGCUCUUAUUUUGACAUCCAUCCUUUUCGCUGCUGUUGUGUUCUGGUUCAUUGGCAUAUUUAUCCCCAGCGUCGAUCGUUUCAAUGAAGAGAGCGAGCAUGGCCUUACUGUCGCCGAGAGAUCAAAUCUCAGGCCGCUCCUUGAUGAAAAGGACGAGCCACGGACAUCUGACUAAAACCUACGCAAGUCAUAACCUUUUAUUUCUUGGCUUAGUCCGUAGUUUUUCCCUUAUGCCAUCAACAUGUGAAAUGUAAAUUUGCAUGCCCAUUGGCUGUACCUGUACAUAUACGAGGUUUGUUCGUUUUGCGUUAUUCUUUUACUUUUUUUUGUACAGGCUACAGAAACAAGCAAAAGAGUGCUAGAAUUCCUUUUUUUACGAAUUAAAACAUUUUAGAAUUUCUUUU